AAAAUGAUAAGAAAGAUUUAACUGAUCUCUAUGAUCAAUGUAAAAGAAAUCAUGUAGAUUACGAUUCUAUAAAAAACCAAUUAGAAAAAAUUACAAAAGAUAAGAAUAAACUUGAAAAAGAAAAUAAGGACUUGAAGGAUAAAAUAAACGAAAAAGAAAAAAAAAUUGAUGAGAUAAAUAAUAAUGUUAAAGAAAUUUUUAGUGUAGUUAAAAAUUUACCAUCUAUAAUAUUACAUAAAAUAAUUAAGGAGAUGGAAAAAAAUAAUCAUGAAACAGUUAAUAUCAAAGAACAAAUAAAAGGAUUACAACGAUUAUUUAGAUGA